GAAACAGGCUGCGAAUUUACCAAUUAUAGUUUUGGCGAACGAGCAAUUCAUGAACACACAAUGGCAUCCAGGGUGACGCAGAAGAUGCAGUCCACCUACCAUGGAACCAGAGGCGGUAAGUCACCGCCGGAUAGAUCCAUUCGGAGAAUUCAUGGGUCUGAACGACGCAAACAUGGGUCCCUUCGUGACGCGAGCCAUGUUACUGUAACACAUUCAGCUUUGACCCGAUCGAUAAACAUCAUCAUUAUCAUCAUCAUCAUCAUCACUAUCAUGGCGACCUCUCUAUGAGGCCUUUUUUGCUCUUCUGUCGAUUGAUCUUGACUUUUAGCGACAGACACUCUGCUUUCACUCAUUCUUUCAUCAUUCUCUUGGAUUUGUCCUCCAACAAUAUUGCCCAAUGACGAUGAUGAUGCCACCGUCUAUACCAGGCGAAACACUAAGUAUAGCGUAAACAACUGUGGGUUAUGCUCUGCCGUUGGUCUAGAACUCUUCGUGCAUCUAGUACAAUGUUCUCCUCUUG